CUUUGCGAGUUGGCAUCGACGGUCGAGGACGAAGAUAUUGAGAAGCAGUUCAAGGCCGUCCCUACGGAUUUAGCGGACGUGAUUCGGAAAUACCCAGAGAUUUUCCUGGACGAUCUGCCAGCUGGACUCCCGCUGAGCCGACCUGAGGACCAUCGAAUCGAUCUGGAACCAGGUGCCCAACGAGCUGUACAACGCCAAUUUCGGCUCAGCCAACCGGAACUGGAAGAAUUACAGCAGCAGUUGGAUAAUCUUGUGGAGAAAGGUUUUAUCCGGCCUAGUACGUCACCAUACGCCGCCCCGAUCCUAUUCACACCAAAGAAGUAUGGAGGAUUCCGAAUGUGUAUUGACUAUCGAGCGCUCAACAUGAUCACCAUCAAGUCGCAUUACCUGAUCCCACGAGCUGACGAACUUCUCGACCAAAUUCGUGUCACCGCCGAAGAUUGUCACAAGACGGCAUUCCAAACCCGAUGCGACAGCUACGAGUACCUGGUGAUGCCUUUUGGCCUCACGAACACGUCCUCGACCUUCCAGAUGACCGUGAAUGGAAUUUUCAGGGAACUCUUGGACAAGUGCGUCAUCAUCUAUCUUGACGAUAUAUUGAUCUACAGCCGCAGCAAGGAGCAGCACUUACAGGAUCUUGUUGCAAUCUUCACGCUGCUGCACAAGAACUGCCUCAUCACAAAAGGGUCUAAGUGCGACUUUCUUAAGCAAGAGUUGGAGUUUUUGGGCCACAUCGUCUCUACUGAAGGAGUGAAAAUCGACCUGAAGAAAAUCAAGACCAUACAAGAAUGGCAGCGGUCGCGAUAAGUAAAGGAGCUGCAGAGUUUUUCAAGAU